CCUACAGCUACACCGGUCAGCACUUGGCGAUUACUCGCUCCGGGAACCAGGAUGCUCGUUAUCGCCGCCGCACAGCUGCCUCUUCCCGGCUCGCAGUCUCGCCGGCGAGACCCGCCGCGGCCACCGAAAGCGCUCGCCGCCAUACUGCGCUCGCGCGUCAUCGCCUGCCUCCGCGCGCAAGAUGGAGAGACGGCGAUUAGUGCGGCCCACGCGGCCGUUCGCGGCGUCGUCUCGGUGCUAGAAAUCGUGAUGUCCACUCCUGGAGUGCUAGAGGUUGUUGAGGAUCUUCGUAGGAGUUACCCUUCCUUGACAUUUGGGGUUGGUACGGUCCUCAAUGCUGAUGAUGCAAGGAAAGCCAUUAGAGCUGGUGCACAGUUUCUCAUGAGCCCUGGCACAGUCAUGGAAAUACUUAAUGAUCUUGAUGGAAGUGAAGUUCUGUAUAUUCCAGGAGUGCUGACACCAACUGAGGUUAUAUCUGCUUGCAAUGCUGGUGCUAAAGUCGUUAAGCUGUACCCAGCUUCGGUGAUGGGUGGAGAGAUGUACAUGUCUGCUCUAAAGAAACCAUUUCCUCUUGUACCAAUGGUUGCUUCGCAAGGAAUUACCAUAGGUUCGAUCAAGUCGUACAUGGAGGCAGGGGCAUCUGGGGUGGUGCUGUCCGAUGCUAUCUUCGACAAAGAGUUGAUGAGAGAAAGGAAUUUCAUUGGAAUUUCAGCACUCGCAAACCAGGCCACUUUGCAGGCAUCACGGUGUGGAAGAUGA